AAUGUGAAAAACAAGUGCAUGUUUUGAUCUUAUUUAGACAUACUCUGGCAGCUAAUAGACUUUUUGAAAAUGCUCUGAAUCAUGUAGCCAUUUAUUCUGGAUGAAUUUGGAAAUUUUUACAUCUGACCAACAUGACCUUGUCAGCAACAGAAGAAAUCAGCAUUGGGGCUUUCCUCAGUCAAACCAGUCUGGGAAAUCCACGCAAAGAAAAGAAAAAUAAAAGGCUCUGCAGAUCAGAACCUUUUAUUAAACCAAACCUGACAAAGUUUAUACAUCAGAAGAUAUUGUAUGCUGUUGCAAAUUUUAAGAACUCUUUAAAGAGACCAAAAAAUGACCCACAACAACUAUAUUCUUCAAUUUUGGAGUCUAUAAUAUCCCUCACAGUAACUGAAAGUUUCAAGCAACAGCCACCACGCCAAAAACAGUCUGUUAGAAGUGAAAAUAUUACUGAAGAAAGAGUUGGUUCAAUUUCCAAGAAAGAAUGGAAAAUCCUCAAAAAUACAUCAGCCAAUGUGAUUCUGGAUCCAAAAACUGCAAAUCCCUCUCUUGUGCUGUCUUUCGAUGGACGCUCUUUGAGAACAGAGACCCAAAGAGAGUUUCAGUCCAAACGGAAUCAUGAUGAAUACCAAAAAAAAUACAAACAUCAGUAUAAUGCCUGGACAUGUGUCCAAGCUAAAGAGGGUUACAACAAAGGCAAGCAUUACUGGGAGGUAGAUGUAAAGGGGAAAAAUGAUUGGAGAAUAGGUGUAGUGAAAGAGUCUGCUCCACGCAAUGGCUUUAGUAAACUAAACACAGCUACAGGAUAUUGGACUCUGCGUCUGCAGUUUUGCCGUCUCAUGGCUCUGACUGAACCAGUCACUAAACUCAAUCAGGCACCACCUUCUAAAAUAGGAGAACAUCUGGAUUAUGAAGAAGGGAAGCUUACUUUCUAUAAUGCAGAGAAUAGAAAACAUAUUUACACAUUUAAAGAAGAAUUUAGAGAGACAGUUUACCCUGUGUUUGGAACUGUGGAGACAGAAAAACCUUUGAGGAUUAUCUAAAUUUCACUUUUAAAUGUAAAUUUAACUAUAGGGGACAAGCUGACAUCAUAAACAUUAACUGGUAGGGGGAACCCAAACCUACCAUUUUUGUCAAGCAUGCAAUAUUGUGCAUUAUUGUAAAUAAAUGCUGUAAAUAAUUUCAUAAAUGUAAUUUGCAAAUAAUAAUGGAAAUAAUUGUAAAGUCACUCUGCACAAGGCUCUCUGUAAAUUUAGUAUAAUGUAGCACCAGGGUUCUGGAGGAAUGUUGUCUCAUUUCACUGUGUACUCUAUCAGCUAUAUGUAGAAAUCACAAUGAAAGCUUCUUGGCUUGACUUUAUUCUGAAUAAACACACUACAAUCAGCAUGCUUUGUAAAUUGUAAAUUUAAAAAAUGUCCUGUAGCCUCCAAUGGGUGAUAGUAGUGUUUUUGAAGAAAAUACUAAUAUCCAAAUGGAAGAUUUAUAACAAAAGAAAUAAAAAAAAUAUGAUGUUG